CACAGACAACACACUGACCAAUUUGCCCUGGUUGACUUGUGGAUUUCUGUGGGAGCGAGAUUGCGGCUGCGUGCCCCUGGAUUCUUCCUGUGACAAGGCUCAACUGACCGUGGUGUGAGGCGUGUAGGCUUGGACCAGCCUUCCUCAUCAUCAUGGCAUCGGUGGGUGAGCCCGUGAAUGGCCCGGUGUCCACGCCUGACCCCAGUCCCAGUUCUAGUCCCGUUGGUCAGGUCCAUGGUCAGGCUUUAGGGUCCAAGUUCAAGGUGUUGCCGCGUACGGAUCAGAUCCACGAGUUGCAGACCUUGAUCCGCUCGGCCGAGACGUCGCGUUCCAACUUCAAGUUCGUGGCAGAUCGCUUGAUCCGGAUGGUGAUCGAGGAGGGGCUCAAUCAGUUGCCCUACUCGGAGGUGGAGGUGGUCACACCCACGGGCAAGCCCUACCAGGGCCUGAAGUAUGAGAAAGGCAAUUGUGGCGUGUCCAUUGUACGCUCGGGUGAGGCCAUGGAAAAGGCCCUUCAGGAAUGUUGUCGGUCCAUGCGGAUUGGCAAGAUCCUGGUGGAUUCCGAACCAGAAAAGAACGACGCUCGCGUGGUGUUUGCCAAGCUGCCCAGCGAUAUCGCCAAACGGAAAGUGCUGCUCCUCUAUCCCAUCAUGAGCAGUGGCAACAAGGUGUGCCAAGCCAUGAAGGUGCUCAAGGACCACGGUGUGCCCGAAUCUCACGUGUUUCUCAUCAACUUGUUUUGCACUCCGGAGGCGGGCGAACGGAUCGUGGGCGAAUUCCCCGCCCUCACCAUCCUAACCACCGAGGUCCAUCACGUCACUCCCAAUCAUUUCGGGCAAAAGUACUUCGGCACCGACCAAACUGACUACUAACUAAGGCCAAGCGACCACGGGCUAUAACCAUCGAUGUUUUACGAAUAUAUCAUGUGAUACAAUAAACCAACCCCUAUUGUUCCUACUUUCAAUGCAGAAGUCACCCAAUCUGGUCUGAUUCAUGGAAAGAGCUCUUCUCGUUCUAGA